UACCGGUAGAUGCUUUGAAAUCUGUGCACCGUAAAUUCCGUCAGGAGUGUAUGCCAGAGUAGUAGUUUAAUUUUAGAAAUGCUUGUUUUCCAAAUGCGUAAAAUGUAACCAGCAAAGUCCUGAUUUUAAUGCAUUACGUUACCUACGGAAUAUCAGGUGAAAACAGGAAUGAUUAGAUUGAUAUUAAUUUUGGUUGAAAAUGCACAAAGCUGUCUGACAGCUGCUACUGCGAGCUAGCUACAAUGCUAGCUAGUGUACGGAUAACAUUACAAUAUAUAUAUAUAUUAAUUGCAACGUUGUUAUGCGACAUUGUUACUAGCUAGCUAUUCCCUGCAUAGACCAAUCUACAAUGUAACGGGACUUGUUUUGCUGCUGCUUGUUAGCUACUUUUGUUGUAGCAGUCUGUCACAAACAUUUCACUGACAAAAUAUUCCUAUUUCUUAAGCUUUCUUUGGACAUUGUGGGCGGUUCAAAGAAUACCAAUUAAAUUGACAAACUUUGUUUAAGUUUUAACUAAUGGCAAAGAAAAAAUGUGUUUCACAAUACAACGAAGAAUGCUCAAUGCUACGAAAUCGGAGAGGCCAGAUGAAUACAGGGGAGCAGAACCCUGUUUCAACCCAUCAUGAGUCGACCCAGGAGAAUACGGAGGAUGAUGGACUGUCUGAAGGUGACAGCCAAUCCUUAAAUGGGACAUCAGCACAACAUGACCAGGGCAUUUACUCUCCAAAUAAUGAGGCACAAAGCACAGCUUUCUUUCUGUUGGUGGUGUUCCUCUCUUUUUCCACACGCCUUUACAAAAUCAUGGAACCCCCUCAUGUAUGCUGGGAUGAAACCCACUUUGGGAAAAUGGGGAGUUACUACAUUAACAGGACCUUCUUCUUUGAUGUCCACCCACCACUUGGCAAAAUGCUGAUCGGACUAGCUGGGUACAUGACUGGCUACGAUGGAACCUACCCUUUCCUUAAACCUGGGGACAAAUAUGAGCACCACAACUACUGGGGGAUGAGAGGGUUCUGUGCAUCUCUGGGCUCCUGUCUGCCCCCCUUUGCCUACCUCACAGUGCUGGAGUUGUCCCAGUCCCCGACAGCUGCCCUCAUCGCUGCUGCAGUGCUGGCCUUUGACACUGGCUGCAUAACCAUCUCUCAGUACAUCCUUCUUGACCCCAUUCUCAUGUUCUUUAUAAUGGGAGCAGUGCUCAGCAUGGUCAAGUUUAAUCGACAGAGAUAUAGGCCCUUUAGCGCACCCUGGUGGUUCUGGCUGGUACUGACAGGGGUGAACCUGUCUGGGGCUCUGGGGGUUAAGUUUGUGGGGCUGUUUGUCAUCCUGCUGGUGGGAAUGAACACAGCCUGGGACCUGUGGAGUUUGCUGGGGGACCUGCACCUCUCUCUGAUUGAUUUUGGGAAGCACGUGUUGUCCAGGGUGUUUGGGCUUAUCCUGCUUCCCCUGUUCCUGUAUGUUACAAUAUUUGCAGUCCACUUUGUUGUCCUGAACAAAAGCGGUCCAGGAGAUGGCUUCUUCAGCUCUGCUUUUCAAUCCCGUCUGAUUGGAAACAACCUACACAAUGCAUCCAUGCCUGAGUACCUGGCAUAUGGCUCUAUCAUCACUGUGAAGAACCUGCGUAUCGCUGGAGGAUACCUCCACUCUCACUGGCAUCUGUACCCAGAGGGUGUUGGAGCAAAGCAGCAGCAGGUCACAGCAUACCUCCAUAAGGACUAUAACAACAUGUGGCUGGUGCAUAGAUCCAAUGACAGUGAUGCACAAUCAGGAGAACCUGACCUUGUUCGUCAUGGUGACAUUAUUCAAUUGGAGCACAAAGAGACUACCCGUAACCUUCACAGUCACCUCCACGAGGCACCUCUCACUAAAAAACACUUCCAGGUCACAGGCUAUGGCAUCAAUGGAACAGGUGACCCUAAUGACCUGUGGCAGGUGGAAGUGUGUGGGGGUCGGAAGGGCGACCUGGUCAAGGUGUUACGCAGCAAAGUACGCUUCCUGCACCGAGCAACUGGCUGUGUGCUCUACUCCUCUGGCAAGACUCUCCCCAAAUGGGGCUGGGAACAAGUGGAGAUUACAUGUAGCCCAUAUCUGAAGGCGACCCCAAACUCUCAAUGGAAUAUUGAGGAUCAUAUCAAUGCCAAAUUGCCCAACAUUAGCCUUUCAGUGCUGAAGCCCCACUUCCUGGAGAUAUUGCUGGAGUCCCACAUCGUUAUGAUCAGGGGUAACAGUGGGUUGAAGCCCAAAGACAAUGAAAUGAACUCUAAACCCUGGCAUUGGCCAAUCAACUACCAGGGAUUGAGGUUCUCUGGAGUGAAUGAGACUGAAUACCGUGUCUACCUGUUAGGGAACCCUGUGAUCUGGUGGCUGAACCUGGUCAGUCUGGGCCUGUAUGUGGUUAUGGUGGCAGUGGCCUCUCUGGCCCUCCGCAGAGGAGUCCAGCUGGACAAGAGAAGAAUAGAGCAUUGUCGCGUGCUGAUGGAAGGUGGAGGGCUGCUGCUCCUGGGCUGGUUGCUGCACUACGUACCCUUCUACACCAUGGGCCGCAUCCUCUACUACCACCACUACUUCCCUGCCAUGCUCUUCAGCAGCAUGCUAACAGGGAUUACUUUGGACACCCUGCUGCAGAGUGCUGACCUAUGGCUCUGCCCACCCUAUUCUCACUGGCUGCUCAGAGGAGGACAGGCAAUGCUAUUCCUGGCCAUCCUUGAUAGCUUUUACAUGUUUCACCCUCUGUCCUAUGGUAUGAGAGGGCCGCUGGCCCAUGACCCUGAUAGUACCAUGGCUGGCCUGAAGUGGAUGGACUCCUGGGAGUUUUAGGCAGGUGAACAGUCAGGAAGAGUUCUGACUGACAUAGUGAUGUAUCAGUGGUAUUUUAGCAGACAUGCAAGUGUCUGUUUCUUAUACACUAUGUGAACUUCAGUAUUUUUCAUAAUGUGCAUAGCUAUGGAUUGUUAAAUAUUUAACAUUAAAGUAUUUUAUAGUCAGUUACGUCCAAAUAUUUCUAAGUGUUUUAAUUCAACAUUGAAAACUGAAUAUUUUAGUGACUUUCUACACUUGAAUUGCGCAGCAGUGCAUUGUGAAACAAUACUAGGAACAGAAUAUACUGUUCACAAUCAUAGCCUACUCUUUUUGUGUUGGGAGAUAAAAACGUGAUAAAUACAUUCAUGUGCAUUAGGUGGAUGUUGAAAUGUGUGAAUGUGUUUAUUUAAUUGAGACCGUUAGUGACGUCUAAUGAUGUCUAUUGUACUGCCUUAACAUGUUUAGUUUUUUCUUGACUGAGUUGCAAUAAUGAGCUAAGUGCCUAGGGACUAAAUCAAUUUUAAAUACUUAUGGGAAUCUAAUAUUCUAAUUAAAAGUUUUAUGAUGGGAAUGAGUUCACCUGUUUCCGUUACAUUAUAUCAAAUUAUCUUGUAAUGUUUUCUAGAUCUUAGUGUGCACAGUAUUGUAUACAUCUUUGGCAAGAUACAGUGCUUUCAAUGACUGUCCGUUCCGCAUUUUGCUUUCUCAAAGAAAGGCAUCUGUUACUUUUCAAUACAACUCUCCAAAACAACCUUUGUAUAUAGUGCACAUUCAUUGUCUUUUAUUUCUCCUGCGGUGUCCUAUAUAUAUUUUUUGCAAUGUGUGAUCUUAUUUCAUGUGUGGGUAUGAUUUUAAUAAUUUGUUGUUUUUCUUUGCAUUUGUGACAAGUUUACAGACAUGAUCGUCAUACUUCUCAAAUACAGAAAAGCACCACAAUGUCA